ACAACUGCAAUAAUUACACAUCAACACUCUUUUGGCCACACAUCCCUAUCCGCAAUUCUCGUUUUUUCUACUAAAGUUCGUGCAACUUAAGCAUUAGCGGAGAUUUGUUCAUACCGCGUUUUAAUUUAAUUUCAAUCUUUUGGUUUGUACACAAAUAGAAAAGGUUUUCAUGUAAUGCACGUCUGUUCUUAGGCUUGGUUCUCGUUAUUUUUGCCUCGUGUUGCCCCAAAACUAACUUAUGCUGGUAAAAUUCAAUAGAAUAGCUUCUUUAUACAAGGAUCGAUCAUCUUCAAACUCAUUGGCGUUGUUUCGUGCUAUAUCAUCAACAAAAGUAAUUGAUUGAAUAUUUAUAGCUUAACGACCAUCAACUAUGAAUAUACCCAAUCAAUAUCUAGAAAAAACAGAAGAAGUUGCUGAUCAGGUAAUAAGAAAGGGAAAAUAUGUCCUACCACACGUCGCGCGAUUGUGCCUGAUAGCAACAUUUCUGGAGGAUGGUAUCCGCAUGUGGGUGCAAUGGAAUGAACAACGUGAAUAUAUGGAUAUGAACUGGGGAUGUGGCAAAUUUUUGGCCACGACUUUCGUUCUUAUCAAUCUAUUAGGGCAGAUAGGAGGUUGUGUCAUGGUGUUAGGACGUUUGAAAGUGAGCAUCGCUUGUUGGAUAUUGUUUGGCAUAGUCGUUCUGCAAACCAUCGCGUAUUCGGUCCUGUGGGAUAUACAGUUCCUGUUACGUAAUCUUGCCCUUAUUGGCGCUCUUCUACUCGUUCUUGCGGAAUCCCGGGGAGAAGCACGAUCACUUUUCGCAGGCGUUCCAUCGCUCGGAGAGAACAAACCGAAGAGUUUCAUGCAGCUGGCCGGGCGUGUUCUUCUUGCUUUCAUGUUCAUUACACUAAUACGCUUUGAAUUAAGUUUCUUGCAAAUCCUACAAGAUAUCGUCGGAUCCAUAUUAAUGGUUUUAGUAACGAUUGGUUAUAAAACUAAGCUCUCAUCUCUUAUUUUAGUUGCAUUGUUAACAAUCCUAAAUCUUUACCAUAAUGCAUGGUGGACCAUACCAGCAUAUAAACCUCUGCGCGAUUUUUUGAAGUACGAUUUCUUUCAGACGCUCUCUGUCAUUGGUGGCUUAUUAAUGAUUGUCUCGCUCGGGCCGGGUGGCGUUUCGAUGGAUGAGCAUAAAAAAAAAUGGUAAACAGACACACGUACACUUUAGCAGGAAACCAAUAGCAUCAAUUUGAAUUACAUCUUCUGCUGCUCUGAUAAUAUUAUUUCUGUAUUGAAGUUCACAGACGGAAGACAAAACAUUAAAUAUUUUUUGUUGGAUUAUAAUCAUUCCUAUAAAAAAAUAAAAACAAAAAAGCUUGUUUUUAUGCGUAAGUGUAAAUGACAGUAAACGCAUAAUUUUUGACUUGAAAAAACUGUUUUGUUUUGCGAAUUUCCUUAAUUGAAUUGCUAUCAUAAGGAAAACACUUAAACUGCGUUUGAAAAACGAACUCUAAUAAAACAAACAUUAUAUUAUCAAAUUGAUGGCUAGAUAGUUCCAUGGCUCAUGAAAUGCAUCAGAACAUGACUUCAUAGUUAACCAUGCGAGUAUCAAACUUCACAUUUAUGAUGUAUUUUCGUAAGCACAAAUCAACACACAGUUUUAAAUAAUGAAUAAUUUCUCUCCGGGAUCGGCAUUUUGUUAAUUUUAUUCAUGUGUAGUAAACAAACUAAGAUUGUGAUUGUCAACUUGAUUGAAUAAAGAGAUACAAAAUACAAGUAUAGUAAUAAAGAGCAAUAUUUUAGUUACUGCUCUCACUUUACCGGUAAAUUUCUAAUGAAUUUCAAGUUUACGUUGCAUCGAGUUUAGAUACCCUUACCCUUCGCAUGGUACGAGAUAACAAAUCUUACUGAAAUGAUAUAGUUUAAUGCACCAUGCACCAAUGUUCCAUCCCGCAAAAAUAAGCAAUAACGUAAUAAUUUUUAAUGACACUUAAAAGUAACCCAUUGGGGUUUAAAUCGGUACUGUAUACCCAACCCACUUAAAAACAAAACGCAUCAACAGUUUAUUUCAUGUUUUCUUAAUUGUAAUAUUUUUUUUUAAAUAACAGCUCAAGGUGAUCUUGUGCAGAUCUGGUUUCAGUGCCGGUUUUCACACGACAGGACCGGAAAUAAAUUCCCCUUCGGAACGUCCCCCCGAAGCAACGACUGAC